UUUUUUUUUUUUAUUUCUUAUUUUGAUGAUGGCAUCAUAUCAUCCUGGGGUUAAAACAUGGUUGAUUGCUCUUUUGACAACCUUUUGGGCAUAUCGUAAAACUCGUAAUCUCGCGAUUGAUAUGAUUUUCAAGACAAUCAAAGGAUUUCUUUUAUGUCUUCCACACAAACAACGAUCACAAGUAGUGAAAUACCUAUUGGGACGACCCACGAAAUCAUCCCGUCGAUUGGUCCAUCAAACCACAUUACCGCAUGGUUCACAAUGGGAUCAUGUAGCUUCGUUGGCCAAAUCACCUUUGAAUGCCACAUGGGUGGCUGGGCACUGGUUUGCCAAGGACAUUCAAAGAAAAAAACACAAUUCUUCUUAUUAUCGGGUUCAUGAUUAUGUGGAGAACACCAUCAACAAAACUGCCGACUUGGUGCUACUCUACAUUCAUGGGGGUGGGUUCCGUGUAGGUAGUAGUACGAUGUAUCCUGAUUUCUUUUUACGCUUGAUGCAUCGACUUGAAAAAGUGCAUGAUAUCCAUUUGACCAUUUUAUCCCUCGAGUAUGAUCUUGCUCCUGAACAUGAUUGGCAUCGUAUGUUGGACCAAGCCAAUGAUGCUUUUCGAUAUCUUUUGUCAUUAGGUGUUCAUAGUUCAAAAAUCAUCAUUGGUGGUGAUUCGGCAGGUGGUCAUUUGACAGGUAUGUUAUUACCAAGAUUAAUUGAACAACAUCAACCUGUACCUUUGGGAGGCAUUAUGAUUUCUCCUCUUGUGACAUUUGAUCAUUCAUCUCCUAGUUUUACUCAACAUGCCGCGUUUGAUUGUUUACCCGAUUCCAUGAUGAAGCAAGAUUUGACUGAACUUUUCCCCGAAUUACGUAAGGAGACCUGGCAACAACAAUUGGAACAAUGGAGUCCUUUGCAUGUGGAUAGUACUGGUUUACCUCCCAUGUUGGUGACUUAUGGUCAACGUGAGCGAUUUGCUAAUGAUGUUGAACGCUAUAUCACUCGUUUAACACAACAAGAGGUGGAUGUUCAUGUCAUCACCCGUCAUAAUGAACCUCAUGUCUAUGUCACUUCUCCUUUGUUAGCUUCCACCAAACGUGCCUGGGCAAAUGAUUGUGAUAAACUUGCUGAUUGGUGUUCUCAACGUAUAAAACAAAGUGAUGCUUAUUAAAUAAUAUAUUUUUUUUUAUUUAUUAUAAUAAAAGAAUUUUAAAC